AUGGUAUUUAUGCGCUCUUUCUCCCGCCAACUUCGGCGACCUGCCACCUCCCUUCUGUCCAAGGGAGCCUUCGCGCCCGCGGCCAGUAGCCCAUUCCGGGCUGCUCCUCUGGCUAACUCGAUCGCUGGUGCACGUACGCUAACCGCCUCCGCGAAUCUACAGGGCAAGAUUCUUAUGGUCCUCUAUGACGGCGGUGAGCACGCCAAGCAGCAGCCCGGUCUUCUGGGUACCACUGAGAACGAGCUCGGCUUGAGGAAGUGGCUCGAGGAGCAGGGUCACACCCUGGUCACCACCUCCGACAAGGAGGGCGAGAACUCGACCUUCGACAAGGAGCUCGUUGACGCUGAAGUCAUCAUCACCACUCCCUUCCACCCCGGUUACCUCACUGCUGAGCGUCUGGCCAAGGCCAAGAACCUCAAGAUCGCCGUCACUGCUGGUGUCGGUUCCGACCACGUCGACCUGAACGCUGCCAACAAGACCAAUGGCGGUAUCACCGUCGCCGAGGUCACCGGCUGCAACGUCGUCUCCGUCGCUGAGCACGUUGUCAUGACCAUCCUGACCCUGGUCCGCAACUUCGUUCCCGCCCACGAGCAGAUCCGCCGCGGCGAGUGGGACGUUGCCGCUGUCGCUAAGAACGAGUUCGACCUCGAGGGCAAGGUCGUCGGUACCGUUGCCGUCGGCCGUAUCGGUGAGCGUGUCCUCCGCCGUCUCAAGCCCUUCGACUGCAAGGAGCUCCUCUACUACGACUACCAGCCCCUUUCCCCCGAGGUUGAGAAGGAGAUCGGCUGCCGCCGCGUCGACGACCUCGAGGAGAUGCUCGCUCAGUGCGAUGUUGUCACCAUCAACUGCCCCCUGCACGAGAAGACCCGCGGUCUGUUCAACAAGGAGCUCAUCUCCAAGAUGAAGAAGGGCUCUUGGCUCGUCAACACCGCUCGUGGUGCCAUCGUUGUCAAGGAGGAUGUCGCCGAGGCCGUCAAGUCUGGCCACCUCCGCGGAUACGGUGGUGAUGUCUGGUUCCCCCAGCCCGCCCCCGCCGACCACCCUCUGCGCACCGUCCAGGGCCCCUGGGGCGGCGGCAACGCCAUGGUUCCUCACAUGUCCGGUACCUCCAUUGAUGCCCAGAUCCGUUACGCCAACGGUACCAAGGCUAUCCUCGAGAGCUACUUCUCCGGCCGCCACGACUACCGCCCCCAGGAUCUCAUUGUCCACGGCGGUGACUACGUUACCAAGGCCUACGGUCAGCGCAACAAGGCCUAA